CACACAUACAGUAUAUCUAUGCUUUCACAUAUUGUUUUUUGACAGUAAACCUUUAUUCUGAAAUCUUCUCCGGAUGUUGUUGUCAGCUGACAGUACUUCCUCCUCGCGGACUUCCCUUGCGUGAUUUCACCCACAAUUAUCUUCUUAUUGAUUUCUUAAAAUAUACAAAUAUUUAACGUGGACGGAACACGGACAUAAAUGAAAUGUCUGCAAAACCGACUUGUUUGAUUGUGGCGAGUGCGUCUCCUCAAGGGGUGUCAGCAACGUCUUUUCAUCAGUCAUUCAGCCUUUGUGCAUCAGUGUUUAAUCUCCAGACAGCCACGCCUGGGGGGAAGCCAAUAGACUUUGUUGGAGUUGAUGAAAGCACUGCUAGAUGGGUGCAGGACUUCAACGUAAAACCCUACGCAACACCUGCUAAACUUGAAUCUAUCGAUGGUGCUCGAUACCAGGCGCUUCUCAUCCCGGACUGUCCCGGAGCGCUAAAUGACCUGGCACACAGCGGCUCUCUGCACCGCAUUCUCACACACUUCAUCUCUCACCAAAAGCCUGUUUGUGCAGUGGGACAAGGAGUUUCAGCGCUUUGUUGUGCCACUGAGGGACAGAGGUGGAUCUUCAGUGACUACAGCCUAACAGGGCCAUCAGUGUUUGAACUGGUGCGGAGGCCUGACUUUGCCAACCUACCCUUAGUCGUGGAAGACUUUGUGAAAGACAGUGGUGGAUCGUACACAGCAAGUCAAGAAGAUUCUGUUCAUGUAGUCAUAGACAAACACCUAAUAACUGGUCAGAAUAUGCAGUCAACCUCACUUGCUGUAAAUAAUCUGAUCCUGCUCUCUAGUGCCAAGUAAAAAAUAGAAAAUGUUAACAUUAGGAGCACUGAAAUUAAACUGCUUAGUUGUCCCACAUUUAUAUUCAUGUAAUUAAAACAAACGUUCAUCUCAGACAGAUAUUGGAAGAUGCUGGGUUUAGAACAGAUGUUUGGCAACACUGUAAAUACUUCAUUACUUUUCAAUGCUGUUAUUAUAAAAACCACACAAUCAAAUGUCUUGAUACGAAAAUAAAAAUGAGAAAAAAAAGGCAGAUGUAGUUUUGAGGAUGUUCAAAGCCAGAGAAGGGUUCAUCUUCACAGCAAGCAAGGCUGCAUCCAAGAGCAGAAAUAUUUGAGCAAAACAGCAGACGAUGUCUGAUGAGAGGCUGCAGAUGUGUGUGGCACGUGAACAAGAGAAGAAUAUAACCCUUCAUUUAAACGUUAUACAUAUUGACGAUCAUGCACCUUCUGUUGUUGAAUGGAGAUGUGUCACUGCACUCUGACUAAACUGUACAAGUUGAAAAUGUUUCACAACAUCAAUGAAAAUCAAUAAAACAUACUGAAGUACCUCA